UAUUGAUAAGAGUAUCAGGAUGGCACAUCAACUUCAUUUAGAGAAGGAAAAAUACAGACAGUGGGUAAAGGCUGGUUUAGGACUUGGAUAUUUAAAGGAGGGACUGGCACCAUUCUGUAAUGACAUAGCUGACCAACAACAUCAGGAUAUCUUACAAAACAUUCGGUCUACAAAGUCACUACCAUCAAAUGUGAUAUGUGGGGGCUGUCGAGUUGAAACUCUCAAGCCAGACCAAAAGCCAGUAGGGAAUGCUAAAAAUAGAGUUUGUCCUCUUGGGCAAGUAAAAUGCAGCUGUUGCUUUAAGAGAAAAAUUGCUUGUCCGAACAACAUAUGUGGCGCCAUCUAUGACUAUAUUGUUCAGUAUCAAGCAUCCUCACCACCUGCACCUAACUGGAAAAACACAGAUGCCCAACAGUGGUCGACAGAUCCUUGGAGCAUUUGUAAGUGUUUUAUAAAUGCUCCAGGGUACGAGGACAAGACAUCUGCUGGGGAAACUGAUUGUACUGGGUUAUUAAUUUUAAUGAUGAAUAACCAGUAUUUUCAUAGCCACAUUGGAUGUGAUGUCACAAAAGCAAACAACCUUUUUUUAAAGGUACGUCAGUAUAGAAAUAAUAUUUUCCACUCAAGCAGCAUGGUAUUAGAAGAAAGUGAGGCCAAUUCAUAUAUUGACGAUAUGAUAGCAGUUUUACAAGAUGGUAAAGAGCUAUUACAACAACCAGAUGCCCAGAUAGCGGUGAAGAAACUUCAAGAUCUGAAGAAGAAGGACUUCAUUAUUACUACUGAAGGUUUUGAAGAUAUUCUGGGGCAAAUCAAGGACGAAAUGUCAAAAGUUUUAAAAUCAACAGAAAAUGCUGCUACUAAAGAAGAAUAUGAGGACCUGAAAAAUAAACUCUCAGAGGGAAAAGUUGAGACUGAAAAACUUGAAAACAAACUUGCAAAUCUGGAGAAACAGAUUUCUGAAGAACAGAAAGGACAACUAGAGGCUGAGAAAGAACAUGCAUAUUUAAAAAAGAAAUUUACUAUUCUUGAGACAAUAAUGGAAGAGCAAAAAGAGGAGAUAAAAAGACUCAAGGAAGAAGAUUCACCUCAACAAAAACAGUUAGAAUUUCAAAAGGCUAAAUCAGAAUGGCGGGAAAAGCUGAUAGAACAGUAUCAAAAAACCCUGCUGCAAGUUCCUACAACACCUUUACAACCAAAAAGUGAAAAAUGUAGCUUUAAUGAGAUUUAUAUUAGACCCACAAUAACGAGGGAAAUAAAACGAGAAAAGGGUGAAACAAAGGAGGUGGAGGUUAAAACAAUGUCAGAAAUCUUCACAAAGAACGGAGUCCCCCAAAAAUCUGUAUAUGUUCUAGGAGAUGCAGGGUCAGGAAAAACAAGUUUUUGUAAAUAUCUGGUUAAUUGUUGGUGUUUGGCACACAAUGAGGCACAUGAAGCCGACAAUGAAAACAAAGAUGGCAAUGGAAAAACUGACGGUGACGGUGAAAAACAUGGGGCUGGCAAUGAAAAUGAUGAUGGCAGUGGUAAACCUGAAGGCGACAGUGCAAAACAUAGAGGUGGCAGUGAGGAACCAGGAGGUGAUAAUGAAGAACAUGAAAAAAAGGGAAGUGACAUUGUAAAUGAAGAGGUAAAGGGGGCACAUAGUGGAGACAUUGAAAACGAAGAGGGCAGUAAGACACAUCAAGAUGUUAAUGAGAAAGGAAGCAAUGAAAAACAUGUUGGUGACAUGAAGAAAAAUGGAAGUGACAGUGAUGACAUUCAGGAUAACAGUGAUGGCUUAAUACACUCCAAAUCUCACAAUGAUGACUCUGAUGAUAUCUUAAAUGACUCCGAAUCCGAUAGUGACGACUCAAAUGUUUACUUUACAGACUCUGAAUUUGACAGUGAUGACUAUGAACUUAAAUUCAAUGGUGUAAAAGAGAUGAAGAAAUUUGAUUUUGUAUUUUACAUCCCUCUUAGACAGUAUCAAAACAUUGGCACAGUCCCCACUAUUGAUGAAAUGCUUCAAAAACGUUAUCAAAUGAAUAUGUUAAGCAAACUUCUUGAAGAGAAAUCCUCUAGAGUUAUGAUUUUGCUUGAUGGCUUAGAUGAAUGGUCUUCUGAAAAUGUCCCAGAACAUAGCAUCUUUAAGGAGUACACAAUAUUAACUACUUCGCGGCCAUGGAAAUUUCAUACAUUAAGAUCAAGUGAUGUGGAGAUUGAACAAUCACUGAAACUGAAAGGGUUUGAUUUUAGAUGUGAAAGGGAAAUGGUAGAUAGAACAGUCUCACAAUUAAAUGUAAGCAGACAUGCCAAUAAAGAAGCUAGAGAAUGUAGGGAAAAUCUAGAAGAAAAGUCUCUUGAAAGUUUAAAAAAGGUACCAAUUAUGCUACAACAACUGAUAUGUCUAUGGUUUGAUGGUAAACUCGAUAAAACCUCAAGAUGUGCCAUCUACACCGGUAUGUUAGAAUUAUUCUUUACAUGGAAUGACAUGAAAACUACAGGAACAAGUACUCGACUCAUGAAGGGGACCCAGAAAGUAGAUCUUCCUAAAUAUUUAGCCGAUAAAACCAAAUUAAGAUUAAAUCGCCAUUUCAUUUAUGAAGUGUCACAGUUGGCUUAUGAGACACUAUUUAAUUGUCCGAAGGAUAAAUCCUUGACAUUUGACAUUUGUAUGUUUGAUGAACUAGAAAUAUCAGAUGAAGUAAGAGAAAAUUGCUUGAAACUUGGAAUAAUUACAGAAGAUGAAUGUCCAAGUUUAUCUGUAGCAGAACCACCAAGCUCAUUGUUCUCUUUUAUUCACAAGUCAAUGCAAGAAUUUCUGGCUGCAGUGAAUAUUGGCAUCAAUUUCAAUGCAAAAAUUGGUUUGUCAGAUAGUACAGGAAAUGUUGAAUUAGCCAAGAAUUUUAUAAAUGAGGUUUUUCAGAAAUGUUCAACAGUAAAUGACAUAUUAGAGCAGUCAAAUGUAAUUAUUAUGCUGUCUGGUCUAGAACCAAGAUUAGCAACACAUGUAUCAAAAUACAUAUAUGAUACUGUGUCGGAAGACUCUCGUGUUCAGGAAUACAGGAGAACAAUUAGUAGUGACAUUUAUGAAGACAGUUGUAUUACUGAUAUUCAAGAGCUUAUGUUUAAGUCAAUGGAAGAAUUAAAAGCAGCAUGUAGUAUAGGAAGUAAUACAGUAUUUUAUAUAGGAGAUUUGGUCAUUGAUAAAUGGGGUCAGUAUUGUGAUAUUGUUUGUUCAGGUAUUGAUCAGCAACAAAUUGUUCCUGACUCUGUUCUGUCUAUAAAGGUAGAUAAAAUCAACACACAAAAUGUUAAAUUUACAAAAUAUUUACCAAUGUUUUGUCAUCUUGAAAAAUUUGAAAUAUUAUAUAGUGAUGAAUCACAAACGUUCUUAAGUACACAAAAUGAUAGUACACAGAGAAAAGAACAGAUGAUUGAUGAUAUUAACAAUUGUGUUUCUGAGACAAUUAAAGUAAAUACUUCAACAUUAAAAUCUCUGUCUCUUCAUGUCUAUUACAAUGGCAAGUAUUACCCAGUGUAUAAAACAGUUGUUAGUUACCUACCUAGUAUGAUCAAUCUUGUAGCAAUAAGAAUGGGUAAUAUUAGAAUGAGUCAUGAUGAAACUACUACAUUUUGUAAUUUUCUUGAGAGAACCAGUCAUCUUGAACAAAUAUAUCUUUAUAAUGUUAGAUGUGAGUGUAGGAAGCAGCACGAUGCAAAUUUAUCAAAACAUCAACAACUUCAGUACCUUGAUUUGUGUAAUGCUGUUAGUGUGAUAGAUGCUAACACUACAAACCUUGAAAUAUUUAGAGUUGAUCAAUUGAAAAAUUGUUAUUAUGAGACAAUAUUUGAUAUUAUUAGAAAAUCUUACAAAUUAAAAGAACUUGCAUUGUAUGGAGACAAGGACAGUGAAUCUCAAUUAUAUCAUACCAACAUAACAAUGAGACUAGUCAUAGAGUUGACAUUGCUACACAAUCUCAGUAAGCUUGAGUUAGGGGGUUGUAGGUUAACUGACAAUAUAAUACAGUUUCCUUUAGAGAUGCAGAGUUUAAAGAACAUUAAGCUUCAUUUUGUAACAAUGAGUUUGACAACAUGGCAGAAGUUUGUUGAUAGUCUUCCUCAUAUUCCUCAUACUGUAGAUGUGAUUGUAAAGGGGUGUUAUAUAACAGGAGAUGGGAAGGAGUUUAAUGAUGAUAUGUUAACAUUGACAUCACUAGUACUUAGAGGAGAGAAGGGAAAUGAUGCUAUACAGUAUGUAAGAGAAAAGGAGCACUUAUUUCAUGUUAAAGGUAAAUAUGAUUCUAGCUGA